AGUCUUCUUGUUCAGCUGCUGCCUGUUCCUGCUUCCCAUCCCUAAGGCUUGAUCGUCUGCUUAGCUCCCCCUCCUUUGGGAUGGUUCCAUAUAUUGCUGAAAUGACAGAUGUACUGUGAGUUGAUUAAGUGAAGAGGAAAAAAAAACCAAAAACACAACGAAGCGGCUUCCAAGUAUUGAAGAUCCAAGGCCAGGAUGAACCCGAAGGACUCAAAAGUGUCUGAAGGAGGUCUCAAUGUCACACUUACCAUACGCCUUCUCAUGCACGGCAAGGAGGUUGGAAGCAUUAUUGGAAAGAAAGGUGAGACAGUUAAGAAGAUGCGGGAGGAGAGUGGGGCUCGAAUCAAUAUUUCUGAAGGCUCCUGUCCAGAAAGAAUUGUGACCAUAACAGGCCCAACAGAUGCAAUUUUUAAAGCUUUUUCUAUGAUUGCACUAAAAUUUGAAGAGGACAUCAAUGCUUCAAUGACAAACAGCUCAGUCACAAGCAAGCCACCUGUAACACUGCGGCUCGUUGUGCCAGCAAGUCAAUGUGGAUCCCUUAUAGGAAAAGGAGGCUCCAAAAUCAAAGAAAUCAGGGAGUCCACAGGAGCCCAGGUGCAAGUAGCAGGAGAUAUGCUGCCAAACUCAACAGAGCGUGCAGUCACUAUAUCAGGCACUCCCGAUGCCAUCAUCCAGUGUGUGAAACAGAUAUGCGUGGUCAUGCUGGAGUCCCCACCCAAAGGUGCCACCAUCCCCUACCGUCCCAAACCCGCCUCUGCACCUAUCAUUUUUGCAGGUGGCCAGGUAAGAGCAGACACCAUUUUGGCUUCAGCUGGAAACCACACCGUCUUGGCCCAACCUCAGCCAGCGCCUGCGUUUACAAUUCAGGGGCAGUAUGCCAUCCCUCAUCCAGACGUGAGUCCAGCACAUUUGACCAAGCUCCACCAGUUGGCUAUGCAGCAAACCCCCUUUACUCCCCUUGGACAGACCACCCCCGCUUUCCCUGGACUGGAUGCCACUUCUCCAACCAGUUCCCAUGAACUUACUAUUCCCAACGAUCUAAUAGGCUGCAUUAUUGGCAGACAAGGCAGUAAGAUAAAUGAAAUCAGGCAGAUGUCAGGAGCGCAGAUCAAGAUUGCUAAUGCCACAGAAGGCUCUGCAGAACGACAAGUUACAAUCACAGGAUCCCCCGCAAACAUCAGCUUAGCACAGUACCUCAUUAAUGCAAGGCUGUCUUCAGAAGUUACUGGCCUGGGGGCUCUGUAAUGUAUCUCAUCCUGCCCUAGUGCAUUAGCCACCAGACAGGACUUUCCCAAAGCCCCAUGAGACAAUGCUUUCUAUGGACUAAUCUACAGAGGAGUUUCUGCCAUUUCUAACUUUCUUAUUAUUCUGAGACAUCAAAAGAAAAUACUUCUUUUACUCUUUAAGCAACUGUGCUUCCUAACUCUUGUGUUGCUCCAGUUUUAACACUGUUGUGGGUCAUAACAUAAAAGUAAAGCAAAGCGGUUUUUGAGGAUUAAUUUCCAUCGAUGUUCAUGCUUUGGCUAAUCUGUAUAAAAGCAUGGGCUGUUAGUGUUCUGAAGUCACUGUAUUCAGAUAGAGACUUGACAGUAAAUUAAAUGACACGUUUUUAUAAAUAAAUUUUUUUCCUGAUUAAAAAAAAAAAGAAAAAAAAAGCCGUGGUAGCUUUGUGCAUACAACUGUUGUGUUGUUUAAACUUUGCUCUUUGUAACCAAGUCGCUAAUUUGUCGUUUGAGAACCACUAUUUUAUGGAUUGUCAAACUAAGAUCGUAGACAAAUUGCUUGUUUUCGUUAACGAUUAAAGGUUUCAUAUCAUCACGCUUCAGGUCCCAGUGCUCAUUGGGAAAGAGUGUAACAACGGUGCAAAGCUGGCAAUACUAGAAAGUGCACUAGCACUUCUGUCCUCAGGAAUGACAAUUCUGCACGUCAUUAGAUGGAUCCAGACUGUGUCAUUAGCAUGGCAAGCAGUAUUUCUUCAGAAUUUGUUUUCUAAUAAAGCUGCUCCUGAAGUACUUUUCACACAGCAUAAAAGAGACAGCAUUUGGCCUCUUGCCCCAAGAAGCCACUGCUCUGUAUAUCUCUGGUGUGUUUUCCCAUGCUUGUUUUAAGCUCAGAUAUUUGGGAAAAGAAAGGAACAAAAGAACAAAAUUGGGUACUGUGCACGGCAUUGCUGAGGCUUUUCAUUUUCUUCCUAUUUGCAGCAGCAAUGUCCUGUGUCAGAGUGACUCAGGAGCACCUUUCACCAGUCAGGAAAAGUGGCCAUCAGCUGGGAGGCGCAUUACAAUUUGCACCAUUAAAAAGGGACAAAUGGAGCACUGGCCCACAGCCUCUCCCAUCCUGCCCUGAAAUACCACAUAAGCUAUUCACCUCCUUUGGAUCUGCUGAAGCGCCAUAGAAACAGCCUCAAGUUUUCUGUUCACAUUUAAGUGGAAGACAGGCUGGCUCCAAGUUGCUGCUACAUGCAGCCCUUUGGCUGCAUUCUUGCCACCUCUCCUUCUUAGGGCCUUGGUAGUUCUUUCACAUUUACUGCUUUAUUCUGUGCAACCAAAGUUUUUGGCAGUGUAAGCGAGUAGCAUCCUUAGUGAUACAAACCUAAUUCUACAGCCAGCAUCGCCACUCUAAAGUCUACACUAAUAUCUUUGCACUUAUCUUGGGGUUCUCUUCAUGACCCUUGCUGGGUUCUUGUGUAGUAUAUUGCUCUUGUUUGCACUGAAAAAUACCGUGCCAAGAGCUGCAAUGGAUCUGGGUCUUGAUUUUGAGUCAGGAACUACAAUGUACCCAAAAUGUGCAUAGAGAUCUGGAAACCCAUAGAAGUUAAACAGCUUUUUCUGUGAGAUGCAGAAAAAGGGCAGUUUACAGAGGAAGAUUACAGAAUGCUUCAUUGCAUCCCAGCAAGCAGAAAGAAUGACUCAGUGUUGAAUUAGCUAUUCCAAAUCCUAGGCUGCUUUCAAUGAUAGGCUGUACCUCAUAGAAUUCUAUGUUUGUUAUUACUUCUCAAAAUACAUUUUAAGUUCUUACUCUUCAAGAGAGUACUGAAGAUGGUUUUGCAGUGAGGAUAUCUUUCAUUUCCUAAACAGCAAGUGCUGGCUAACAUGAAUAGAGAAGGAAAAAAGGGUGGGGGGGGGGGGGGGGGAAGAAAGAACAUUAUUGCAGCUCAACACAAAGUAGGUCAGGACUUUGGUGUCCCAGAGAAGCUACUAGGCAAAGGACAGAAGCAGCUCUGAAUUUGCUAGGGCAGACUGAGAUUUAAACUAGUUACAGGGGCACGUGUGCAUGUUGGGGACAGCAGGAAUAAAAUAUAAAGAUGCAGAAAUAGGAAGAAAAAAGGAAAUAGAUUCUAAGAGCAUUUUGUCCAAAAUAACACAGGCAGAACUGUGUUAAGACCUGGGCUGAUUUUAAUGUAAUGAGUUUAGCUGGAAAAGAUUUCUGAAUGGCAAGAAAACAUUUUUGAAUAGCUCUGAAAUACAGAACAGGAUAACAAAACACAAGAAGGUACAUCUGGAGAAAAAAAAAAGAAAUGGAAUAUUAUCCUAGAUAGAUAGAAAACUAAAGGCAGAUGGAAAAACCAGAUGCACCCAUAGAAAAAGGUCACUCCCAUGCAACUGUGAGUUACCUACUGAAAAACAAUACAACUUCCACAGCUUUCACAUCAUCCAUUUGUUAUCAAAUGAAGUCAAGUCUAGUCUCAUACUUCUCUAGAAGUAAAAAAAAAAAAAAAAAAAAAAAGUAAAAACGUUGCCUGGAAUAGUCAAGCAAAACAAAACAAAGGCAGGCAUAGUCAGCCACAGAACCUGCCCCUCUGCUGCCAGGCAGAGCACUUUCUAUUGUCAGAUAAAGCUGUAGGCCCCAGGGCAUGUAUUUGUAGCAGUCAGGGCUCCUGGAAAGCUAGCAGCACAGCCAGCAAAGCUGCCACAAAUGUAGGCAUCUGCUACGUGCUAAAGACUCACUGGGCUGCAUGAGCCGAGUGUUUCUAUGGAGGUACAGGAUACAGCCACAGAACAGGCAAUGAACCUCCCACCUGAGCCAGGCAGCAACAGAAGUUGCCCUGUUGAGUGGUUGGUUUUGUUUUAGUUUUUGCCAUAGCGUCAAUCUCUGAUGAAUAUGUUUCAGCACGAGCUACAUAUUUGGGACAGCUGUUGUCCCUUCUCAGCUGAACGUUGUGUUUAUUAGACAAGAAAGUGAUAGACUCAUUAACUGAAUCAUUUUAUAAUGGCAGAACUUCUACAAGGACGGCUACAACAGUUAGGCUAAACUAGAUCACAGGAACUGUCAAGUUCAAAGGACAAGAGAGGAGAGGGAUUCGAACACAGGUCUCUUAUAUCAUCCAUAAGUAGUGUAACCACCAAUAAAUUACCCAAGACAUUAGUGCCUCAGUGUAUUUUUGGGAGGAAAGACCUGGUCUGGAUGUCUACACAAGGGAAUAACUUGCAUUUCUUUCCCAGCAAAAAAAGUCAGGGUAGUUCUAGGCAACGUGACGAAGAGAAGAUUAAAUGAAGACAAUCUGCUUCACACCAGGAAAUUUGGCCCAAAGUCACUUCUCAGGGGUACACGAAGAUAUGGCUUUUCUUGUCAUUGGUUCCAGGAAAUAACACAAUAUGGUUUGAAUUGCAAUGUUUCUGCAUCAGUGCAGUACGCUGUCACCCUGAAGACAAGCACGUGUCUCAAGACAGUAACUGAACAAGAACUGUCAUAUUCAUCUGAUGUCAUCUUACAAAAGGGAAUUUCCAAAGCAUUAUAUGCUCACAUUAUUGUUUUCUGAGACAACUACAGUGAGAAUCUACUGGCUGAGUGCCUGAUUUCCUACUGUAAAAUUUCUUUAUUAUAAGAUUAAAAAGUAUGUGCAGGAUUUGAAAAUAUUUGAGUAAUCUAUGUUUUCCUAAGAAAUAGGAAUGGCUGUUUUUAGCUCAGUGCUUCUAAGACAACAGAAUGUGGGGAAUUUUAAUUACAGUGGCUUGUAAUAAGCAAAAUUGGUCUCAGCUCAAACUGAGUUUAUUGACAGGAGGACUGACCAAGUUAACACCGGUGCUCUUUUUACACAGUACUUCUCUUUCUGAAGCAAACGUUAAAAUCAGAUGCUUACGAGGAAGAAUUACAGUCACAUUAACAAAUAAGAAGACUGUUUUCAUUAGGUCUGUUGUUUUAUAUUGUUUUAUCAGCACUUCUGUGCUCUACUGUACCAAAUACAGAAGUGCUUGUGGGAAAAGGGUUAAGCCACAGAAGAAAUUAGCACACAAGUUACCUCCACCUGUGAUUGUGUACACUUGGCAGAGAACAUUUGACUACCAGUAAGUACUUACAACUACCACAGGCUGAGCCUAUGGGUACUAACAGCUCCUACAGACAGUGGUAUUGGAAAAUGCACUGCAAAUAUACACACAUUCAUUUUGCCCCCUGAAGUCAAUUCACCUGUUUCAAAACCACAUAGCUCUUAAAUUUGAGCGACACCUUUCACUGCUGCCGGACAACUAAGUAAGCAUGACAAAUUAUUUGGUUAAUAAACACCUCUCAGGUUUGUUUUCUUAAUUUAAAACCUUACUCACUUGUUUUAAAAUUACCGUAUUUAAGGAGAAAAAAAAGAGGAGGAUAAAUUAAGCUGUUCCUUCACUUUCUUACUUUUAGCUAGAAGUCACAGGCUCACAGCAUGGCUGAGUAUGCCAGGGCCCUCCAGAUUCAUCUGGCCCAAUUCCUAUCCCAGCAGAGCCACCCAGAGCAGGCCCACAUCCAGGCAGCUAUUGUAGAUCUCCAAAGAGUCUCCAAAGGCUCUGGGCAGCCCUACAUUAUUCAUUUUUUCCUGUUUUUUCCAGAUGCCCUCAGCAAAUAUGCCAUACUUUAGUAUUUUCAAGUCAAAUGCUUAAUUUAAAAGCUAAAGGGAGAAAAAAAAAAAACCCUAAACCCAACCAAAUA